AUGGUCCUCUUCUGCCCAGCAGUAACAGCCUCUGUUGUGUUUUUAGAGCUAUCGGCCAUCAGUGUACAAGGUAGCAUCACGAGCCCUGUCAAAGCCAAAGCUACUCUGGGAACACUAUCCACACGAGAAGCCAUGCCCGUCGAAGCCUCUUUAUCUAACCAACACGACGAUUUAUACCCGAUUGACGACGAAGAAGUUCGUCUGGAAGCGGACAUUGAUGCAGAUAAUGACUCAGCAAUAGGAGUUACGGAUGAUGAAUUGUCAACCGCAUCUCUGCGCUCAAGCCUUCGAGAAUAUCACGUGAUCAACGGACGCGGAUAUCACCGCGAUGAGACACGAAUCAGAAAGACUAGGUACCGAUGGAUAAUACUGUACAGAGCAAAAGGCAAGACUGACAACACAUUACCAGACCUCCAGAAUCAUCAACUGUUGCUUACGUUUGGUGGGAAGAGGUAUUUCGCACCCAACGCCGAGACAGCUAAGCGGGUGCUCGAUAUCGGAACAGGUACUGGAAUCUGGGCUGUCGAAUUCGCCGACGAACAUCCGCAUGCCGAGGUCUUUGGCAUUGACAUUGCUGCUAUCCAGCCCGCUUUUGUCCCACCCAACUGCACUUUCGAGAUCGAUGAUGCUGAGAAACAGUGGACUUGGACUAAGCCAUUCGACUACAUUUUUGUGCGCCUCAUGUCGGGCAGUAUCUCUGACUGGGACAAGUUCACACGCCAGUGCUUUGCGUUUGUGUCACACAAAAACCUGGAUCCAGGCGGUUGGCUAGAAGUCAUUGACCCUGCUUUCCCCGCCAAGUCUGACGACGGGACGCUCAAACCCAAUUCUCCGUUACACAAAUGGGAUGAGCUAACUGUAAAAGGGGCUGAAGCACUGGGCCGUCCAUUCAGCGAAGCGGUCAACCAUGAAAAGCGUCUGAAAGCGCAGGGCUUCAUCAAUGUCACUCGCAAGGCGUUCAAGUGGCCUACCAAUACGUGGCCCAAGGAUCCAAAACACAAGGAGAUUGGACUGUGGACUCUGGCGAAUAUCGAAAGAAACCUGGAGUCUAUCAGUUCGUUUUUGCUGAGACAGGGGCUCAACAUGAGCCAGGAAGAGAUUGUGGUGUUUAUUUCCCAGCUUUGUGGUGACUGGUCAAAAGCCAAGCUUGUAGGGCCAGACCGCCAUCUGCAGCCCGGGCCCUGA